AUGAAGAUUAGAAUCGCCAUCCGGGAGCAGCUUGCGGCCUUUGUCAUCUUCACUGUCCUGGUCUCGUUGGCCAUCGUUUCGAUUCCGACAUGGAUCUACGUCAACAACUUCGUCGUCGGCGUUGAGACGGAUGGGCUUGCUCUAGCUGCUUCUCUUAAGGCUGCGCGAAUCUCGUCCGAGAUCGACCUAAUCCAGACCACUGUUCAGACCAUAUCUACGCGUCUAUUGCUACAGAACGGGUUGAUCAACUUCUACAACCGCAACGCUAGCUCCGACGAUCCCUGGGAUGGGGCCCGCGACGAUUUGUCUAGCGCUCUCAGCACCGGCGGCUUCUCCGGCUUGCUACAGGCACGGUUAUAUUCGCGCAACAGCACCGGCGAUCGCUUCGGCCUCCUCAACAUCACCGGAAAUGCUGCCACCGACUCUGGUCCCAUCUUGCUUCCUGACCUCUCCCCCACUGGGUCCAAGGUAUAUCUCGGCGAUCCCGAGUACGGCUUUCCGCCAUCAUUGUACCCCAACCUCACCUAUGUAGAUCUCAAGCGGCCCAAUCAGUACCAGAACAACACCAACGCGUUCAGUGCCUUGGCCUUCCCUUCGGUGUCGCUGGGAAACGGCAGCGAUGGGAUGGGUAUUCUCCUAGGCCCGAUGGCCAUCAACUCGACCUUUGCCUUGAUCUCUAUUUCGAUCCCGAUUCGCAGGAUCCAUAACUAUGGCUACAUUCUCGGAUACUUGACCAUCGUUGCAACGGCUAAGACCCUUGUCGAGGUCCAGCUCUCCAGAGAAGGUCUUGGCAACACAGGCAUCAUGCUCUUCAUAGGGUCUGUUAACCCCUGGAAUCAUUUCGACAACUCGGUGACGGCAAGUAACGCGUCUUGGUCUCCCAACUUUGACGAUUUUCAGCGACAGCCCGUUCAGUUCCUCCUCCCGCCACAGGUGGUACCGGGCCAGGCGGACCGCCAUGACAUGCACAGCUUCAACAGCGGCCGCCUCGACGACCCUUUCAGCGUAUCCCAAUUUCCCGCUGUUCUCGACGCGUUUUACAAUAAAAAUACAAGCCCCAAUAAUGCUACAAGUGACUUGACCACCACCAACGAGCAAGGACGCAUAGUUGCGGUGGGUGUUGCGCGGCCGCAGACGUCGCUGGUUACCUGGGCUGUAGUCGUGGAGCAAGAUGAGAGCGAAGCUUUCCAUCCGAUGAACACGUUGAGGAACAUCCUUUUGGGAUGUGUAUUUGGCACUGCCGGUCUGGUUCUGGUGCUUGUUAUCCCCUGUGCGCACCUGAGCGUCAUGCCCAUCAGGAGGUUGAAGUCGGCAACCGAAAAGUCCAUUGCUCCUCCUGGAUACGAGGACGAGUUUGAAGACGAGUUCGACGAGGAGAACCCAAGCUCGGGGACCACGUCCGGGCAGUCAGAAAAAGGCUUCAUAGCUUCGGUGCGAAGACGGAUUCGCCGAAGACGCAGGGCCAGGAUGAGAGCAGGCACUGCAGACUCGCACCGUCGGGCUUUCAAGAUACCCGCAAGGGUCGACGACCGGAAACACUAUAUCACGGACGAGCUGACCGAGCUCACCGAGACCUUCAACGAGAUGACGGACGAGCUGUUGAAGCAGUACACUUCAUUAGAUGAAAAAGUUGCGGAGCGUACGAGAGAGCUUGAGAUUAGCAAGAAGGCGGCCGAGGCUGCGAAUGAGAGCAAGACCCUGUUCAUCGCCAACAUUUCACACGAGCUCAAGACUCCUCUCAACGGUAUCAUGGGCAUGUGUGCAGUCUGCAUGGAGGAAGACGAUAUCGAUCGGAUCAAACAGUCGCUCAAGACACUUUACAAAUCGGGUGACCUUUUGCUUCAUCUUCUCGAAGAUUUGCUGAGCUUCUCGAAGAACCAAAUCGGGCAGCAGAUUAGCCUCGAAGAGCGCGAGUUUCGGCUUGGUGAAAUCAGGUCACAGAUGCUGGCCAUAUUCGACAAGCAGGUUCGAGAGAAUGGUAUCUCGUUUUCGGUCAACUUUGUCGGCUCAGACAGCCUGGACAUUAGCCCGGGCCCUGACCGGACUAGUAUUGACAGGAGGCUUCCAGCGCUUGGUCCGCCGGGUAUUGGCAGGCUCAAGGACAUGUGCCUCUGGGGUGACCAGCAUCGAAUUUUGCAAGUCAUUAUUAACCUGGUUAGCAACAGCUUGAAGUUCACUCCUGCCGGAGGAAAGGUGAACCUGAGAAUACGCUGUCUGGGCGAGUUCGAGCAACCAAGCGACGAAAGUAGGACAUCGUCACUGUCCAGGGGUGGAUCGGGACGUCUGGGACGCAGUCGCCAUAGAGUAGGAUCUGGCAACGCCGCUCAAUCGUGGACUGCUCUGACGAUCAACCCCUUGGAUCCCAAGGCAACACCGCACGUCCGGAUACGAGAGCGAUCGCCAACACCUCCACCUCCUAAUGCCAAGUCGUUCUUGUUCGAGUUUGAGGUUGAAGACACUGGCCCGGGUAUUGCGGAGCAUAUGCAGGAAAAGAUCUUUGAGCCCUUCGUUCAAGGUGAUCUUGGCCUGAGCAAGAAGUUUGGGGGCACAGGUCUCGGGCUCAGCAUUUGCUCCCAGCUUGCUACUAUUAUGGGAGGCAGCAUAUCGCUCAAGAGCACCGUCGGCGUGGGCACGACCUUUACGAUGCAGAUUCCGCUAAAAUACGUCAAGGAUCGUGCUUCAAGUACGGCGUCUAGCAGUAUAAAGUCGCGCCCCGCCAGUGUAGGCUCGAUAGAUGGCGAGACCGUCAGACACUCGCUCUCAAAGACUAGCACUGAGCUGCAGCAAACGCCCACGGCGGCGGUGCUCGAUAAACAGCCGCGAUUGGUGGGCCUCAGUCAGCCGUUCUUUGCAGCGAACCCGAAUCCGCAACUUCCAAGCCGAGAGGACCAACUAGCCGCCAUUAAUAGGGCCAUGAAGAAUAAGCCGUCCGGCCAGGGGAAGCUUCGUGUGUUGGUGGCAGAUGACAAUUCAACCAAUAUCGAAGUUGUCAGCCGGCUGUUGAAGCUAGAGGAGAUUUAUGAUGUCACAAUAGCCAAAGACGGCCAGGAAGCGUACGAUCUUGUCAAGGCCAACAUGGAGAACAACCAGCGGUUUGAUGUCAUCUUCAUGGACAUUCAGAUGCCGAACCUGGACGGGUUGCAGUCCACGCGGCUCAUCCGGAAGAUGGGGUACUCGGCUCCGAUUGUGGCUCUCACGGCUUUUUCUGAGGAGAGCAACGUCAAGGAAUGCAUGGAGUCGGGCAUGGACGAGUUUCUUAGCAAGCCGAUUCGCCGGCCGGCGUUGAAGCAAGUGCUGAAGAAGUUUGCAACGAUCGAGGAAGAGCCCGAGAUCGCGAGCCUGACGAGAAAGACGACGCCAGAAAAUGCCCCGGAGAAGCCAGAUGGAAACGGGGUUCAAGCACCCCAAUCCAUUGACGCGCCAGCGUCGAAGAGCAACGGAGUCGCCCCGCCCGCGCCCUCCACAGCAACUGCAUGA